AUGUCUACCGUUAUUCUACCUAUUGCAGUCGCUGCGCUUGUCCUACGGCUACUCUACUCCCUCGUCCAAUCCAUCCACCAUGCCUACAAGGCUCGUCAACUGGGCUGCGGCCCCGUCCCUCACUACCCCAGCAAAGAUCCGCUAGGGAUCUACAACCUCUUCGACACCAUUGAAGCCGACAAGCAGAAGCUCGUGCCCGUUCUGACAGAGCGUCGACUUGAAGCUGUCUGCGAUCGUGAACACCGCUAUGUGAAAACCUUCCGGUUCCGCCAAAUGGGCCGGGAAACCAUCACCACCAUUGACCCCGAGAACAUCAAGGCCGUGCUGGCGACACAGUUCAAGGAUUUUGAACUGGGCGUACCACGUCAGAGGAGCCUGCAUCCAUUGCUCGGAACCGGGAUUUUUACGGCUGACGGGGAAGCUUGGACGAGAUCGAGAGGUUUGCUGCGACCCCAGUUUACGCGGGAUCAGAUUAGUCAACUGGAUUUGGAGGAAAGUCAUGUUCAGAAUGCGAUGAAGGCUCUUACGGUUGAUGAGGAGAGUGGCUGGACUCGCGACACUGAUAUCCAGACCAUCUUCUUCCGUCUUACUAUCGACUCGGCCACGGAAUUCCUGUUUGGUGAGAGUGUCGACAGCCAGAUGGCAGCUGUGAUGAACAAUGUGGAUGACCAGUUUGCGUACUACUUCGACAAGUCGCAGUGGUUCUGUGCGCAGCGGGCCCGGUUUGAGAAAUUGCACUUCCUGGUCGACAACAAAGAAUCCAAGCGCGCAGCCCAGCAAGUCCACGCCUUUGUCGACCGUUUCGUCCAUUCUGCUCUGGAUAUCGUGCAGCGCGAAAAGAAUGGCGGUCUCGACGAAGAAAAGAAUGGCAGCUCCUACGUCUUCCUGCACGCUCUAGCCUCGACCACUCAGGACCCUAUCGAACUCCGCUCCCAACUCCUCAACAUCCUCCUCGCCGGCCGUGACACUACCGCCUCCCUCCUCAGCUGGUGCACCCUCCUUCUGGCCCGUCACCCAUCCGUAUUCAAGAAACUCCGCCAAACCAUUAUCGACACCUUCGGCACCUACAACUGCCCGCAACCCAUCACCUUCUCCGGCCUCAAAUCCUGCCAGUACCUCCAACACUUCCUCAACGAAACCCUCCGUCUCUACCCCGUCGUCCCCUUAAACCGUCGCACCGCUGUCCGCGACACCACCAUCCCCCGCGGCGGCGGUCCCGACGGCAUGCAACCUGUGUACGUGCGCAAGGGCGAGGCUGUCGGCUACAACGUGCACCUUCUGCACCGACGAAAGGACAUUUGGGGCCCUGAUGCAGAGGAGUUCCGGCCUGAGCGAUGGUUGGAGAAGAAGCCCGGUUGGGACUAUGUUCCGUUCAACGGUGGACCAAGAAUCUGCAUCGGACAGCAGUUUGCAUUGACGGAGGCUGGGUAUGUGAUUGUGAGGUUGUUGCAGAGGUUCGAUGCGAUUGAGGAUGUUUAUCCUCAGAAGGGGGUGAGGUAUGGGUUGACGUUGACGAGUUGCCCGGCUGAUCCGGUUACGGUACGGUUGCAUGAGGCUGCAUGA